GGUGCCUCGCCAUUUCCAGGGCACCGGUUCGGCACCGCCAGAAAGCAAGCUUGUCUGGACCGGAUGUGCACGAGGCCCUCCGGUCGUCAGAUCGUGCGGUGGACGGUGGAUCUUUGAGAAGCAGAUGCUGGAUCGACGCGCGCUACCCGUCGUCCAGCCUCCUCCAGCGCGAAGCGUCGUUGACUCCCCUCCACGCGCGCGCAUGACGCGGGACGUGCUCCUGCUCCAUGUCCUCGCGAACUCUCUGCCCGCACGCAGGAUCGUCGCGCCGGCCGGCCAUCAUCGCCAGUAGGAGCAGUUCCGAAAAAGGAGCGGUUGCAAGAAGACGGGCGGCAUCGUCAAGCGCGCGCGCGGCGACCUGCCGUGCUGCUGGCCUGUAUAUAUAAUGCCCGGUCAGUUAGCCGAUCGCGUCCAAGCGCAGCAGCACCUUCACCGCCCAUCACCAGCGCCGCCGCCGCCGCCGUCCCGGCCCAGACCACUGAGGAUUCCCGCCGCCCAUCCUGUCCAGCUCGACGACAAUCGGGGGCUCCUUGAGGUGUGUGGCCGUCGGCGUCCCGUCCGCGAUCGACCUCAUCUUCUCGAUCAGGGAGGGAGCGAGAUCGAACCCGAUCCGCACACGCAGCGAAAGGUCCUGGCCGGGCGAUCCACCGAGCGCAGGAGAUCGAAGAUGCCGGCUCUGACUGGAAAUGCAGCCUUCCUCCUGCUGCUGUCCGCCUGCUGCGCCGCCACCCUUGCCUGCGACCCGAAUGGCGCCAAGUUCGGGUACGUCGGCUCCGUGGGCCCUGACCACUGGGGCGCCCUGAGCCCCAACUUCAGGGCGUGUGCGGUGGGGACGAACCAGUCCCCGAUCGACAUCGCGACGGCCGCGGCGGUCUGCAACCCGGCGCUGCAGCCCCUCCGCCGGGGCUACACCGUCGCCAACGGCACCCUCGUCGACAACGUCUUCAACAUCGCGGUGCGGUUCGACGCCGGCGGCGGGAACGUGACCGUGGACGGGAAGCAGUACCGGCUGAAGCAGAUGCACUGGCACUCGCCGUCCGAGCACACCAUCGACGGGCAAAGGUUCCCCGUGGAGCUCCACAUGGUCCACGCCAGCGACGACGGCAACGUCACCGUCGUGGCGAUGCUCUACCGGUUCGGCAGGCCGGACCCGUUCCUCUCGCAGCUGCAGGACAAGCUCGCCGCGCUCUACGCCGAGGGCUGCGAUGCCGAGAAGGGCGCCCCGGUGCCCGCCGGCGUGGUGAGCCUGUGGCCGCUGAGGCUGCGCUCCCACAUGUACUACCGCUACGUCGGGUCCUUCACCACGCCGCCCUGCACCGAGAACGUCGUCUGGAGCAUCCUCGCCCAGGUGAGGGAGAUGUCGGUGGACCAGGCCGCCGCCCUGACGGCGCCGCUGGAGCAGGACUACCGGCGCAACAACAGGCCGACGCAGCCGAUGAACGGCCGCGUCGUCCAGGUCUACCGCGCCGCGGGGCCAUGAAGAGCGGCGACAAGGCGCGCGCCGUGGGCGUCAUCAGUUGUUGUGGCUGGAUUCCUUCUUGUCAACUUGUCAUCAGUUGUUUUCUCUGCGUCCAGGUGGUUUGUGACUCCUGUGUUCUGCGUCCGUCGUCCUGUCUUCUAGGUCCGGUCUCUCGUCUGGUCGCCGGCCGGCCAUGUCGUCCCUGGUCCGGUCCGGUUUGGGUACUCUGAAGUCUGAAGAUUGAAAGUUGUUGGUCGGUAGGUCUAAGCAGGGUCUGUAGGUUACUGGUAAUUAGCUAGUAGAUCAUGCACGGGCUUCUGGUUUCUGCACAAGCUGGUGCUGAUCCUUCUUAUCUGUAUUAUGAUGAUGGGAUGCGAAUCGAUCGAACGGUUUCAGUUUAACGA